GUGCACAGCCAGCCUCUUUACAUUACAUCUGCCUGUCAGGGUUGGCUAUUUAAGCUGUCAUGCCCUUGGUAUUGCUCUUUGUCUGCCUGUGAAUAAAGUGCAGCAUUGUGAUUACUAAUCCCACUCCAGUGACUUGACUUUAAAUGUGGUUUUGGAGCGGAUCCCGGAGUUCUGUUUGCUAAGCUUCCUACUCCUGUUUCAGAGACACCACUGGAGAUCUAUGAGAGAGAGCACUGCAGACUGCCCUCCUCCUGUAGACCUGUCGCCUUUUUCUCCCCCCCGCCUUUUUUUUUUCCCAAAAACUUUUUGAAGGAAAUCAAUGGAUACCAAAGUGAUCUGUUUAUUUUUCUUUUUUUCUUUGCCUCCGCUGACAGUGGGAAAUCACACUGGUCGCAUCAAGGUGGUCUUUACACCCAGCAUCUGUAAAGUGACUUGUACCAAAGGCAACUGUCAGAACAACUGUGAGAAGGGAAAUACCACCACCCUCAUUAGUGAAAAUGGCCAUGCUGCUGACACUCUGACAGCCACUAACUUCCGAGUAGUUAUUUGCCACCUUCCAUGCAUGAAUGGAGGCCAGUGCAGUUCUAGAGAUAAAUGCCAGUGCCCUCCUAAUUACACUGGUAAACUUUGUCAGAUCCCUGUGCAGACGGCCAAUACUCCAAAACUGUACCAUCACCCACAACAGGUGAACAAGGCUGUAGGAUCACAAAUUAUCCACUCUACUCAUACUUUACCACUGACGAUGUCAGGACAGCAAGGUGUAAAAGUGAAGUUCCCUCCUAACAUAGUGAAUAUCCAUGUGAAACAUCCCCCUGAAGCCUCAGUUCAGAUCCAUCAAGUUUCAAGAAUUGACAGCACAUCAACAGGACAAAAAGCGAAAGCACCUCAGCCAGGACAUCCACAGGUCUCUUACCAAGGUCUUCCGUAUCAGAAGACCCAGAAAGGACAUACUACUUACACAAAUCAACAACCCAUUCCUCAUAUGUUUCCUGUUUCAGUUAAAACUCAGCUUGGGCGCUGCUUCCAGGAGACUAUUGGGACACAG